UCUCUCUCUCUCUCUUUCUUACACGUCUAUAAGGUUAAGGCGCGCACGCGUGGGUUCUGUGUUAAAGAUCCAGCGGUUGCGUCGUGCUCGUGGCCGUGACCGAGCACGCGCGUGGGAGAACUCACAGUGGGUUUUUUUAUACAUCUUGCACAAGGACUUAUCGGUGCGGCGAUGGAAGGGGUAAUAACGCGGCAAAUACCAUCACAGUGUUAAUUAAGGAGGAGCGAAAGAACGAGAGGAGAAGCAGAAGAAGGAGAAGAAGAAGCUGAGAGAGAAGAAAUGAAGAGCGGAGGACGGAACAUAGAGUGAGUGGAUCAGCGCGAGAACACACAACCUUUACAGACACCGGGAGAGAAUAGAACAUAAACCCUGUGUUAUAUUACACAAGUGUUUUAUUAAGAGGCAGAACUGAGCGGAUGAAGAGGAACAUGAGGUUCUGUUCAGGAUGCUGGAUCUCGGUCAUGUCUGCGCUGCUGCUCAUCCCGCUGGAUGCACAGGCUAACUCUGUGCUGGGAAACAUGACUGAGUCUGCAAACUCGACCUCUGUGGCAGGAGAAAGUGACGGAGCAAAGCCGAACCAGGAGAUGUCCGAACCGGUCAGCAACAUGUUCCUCAUCCUCCGUUCUGGACGCAAACCCAGAGAUGGAGGGGAGCUCGGAAGUGGACUUCAGGAAGACGAAAAUCCUCUAACUUCCACUCCGUCCCCUACAGAGACAAUAACCGAGGACCAGAAACUCAGCCUUGACUCUGCAGAGACUGACCAUCUUCUGCCCGAAGUGCCAAAAAAGGAUCUUUCGAGUAUGUCUACUAAGAGCCCCUGGCAUGAAGAUAAAAUGGAGUCUACGGUGUUCGAUUUGGAUGCAACUCAAGACUCGGACCUGCAGAGUGAGGAGCCUCAAACUACAUUGACCUCGUUCCCGUCCUAUUCUUCGUCUCAAACCGAGUCCCUCACGGUGGAUUUCCUCGACACCAGAUCCCGUGGUAAUGAAUUCGUCCCUCCGUCUCCUACAGCCCAUGAGCUUCAAGGUCGAGACCCGACAUCUUGGGCGGUGCCCAACAGUUACAACUACCUCACUGUCUCUCCCUCCUCAGAAGAAGACACCACCAAGCCCGAUGAGUACGACAACGAUCUGACCACCACACCUCCACCACCUCCACCCAGGACCUUCCAUCCACACAUCCCAAACCCCUUUGUUCCUGCUCGUGAAAGAGAUUCACCCACUAACCAUAAUAAACUGGGGAAGAGCAGCAGCGCUGGGUGUCGCAUGGGCUCUGUGCUUGUGAACGGAACCUGCAAGUCUCAGUGCGAUACGAUCCCAAAUUACUGUUUAAACGGGGGCCAGUGCUUUGUGAUGGAAGGAAAUGGAGUCUUCUGCAGGUGUAACAUUCAGGACUACGUGUGGCACAAAGGAACUCGCUGUGAGUCCGUCAUCACCGAGUUCCAGGUCAUGUGCAUCACCAUCGGAGCCUCGGCACUCACUGUGCUGCUGCUCUUCAUGAUCGUCGUCUGCUUCGCCAAGAAAUUGCACGUGCUCAAGACCGAGAACAACAAACUGCGCAAGCGCAGCAGCAGUAAGUACCGCCCGUCGUCGGAUCAGCACAAUGAUAAUUUCUCUCUGUCCACCAUCGCUGAGGGCUCCAACCCAAACGUAAGGAAACUGUGCGACUCUCCUCCUCAUGCUCGUGCUUUGGCUUACUAUGAUAACAUUAUCUGUCAGAAAACGAUGAGCAGAUACACCUGGGAGUGUAAGACCAAAGAGGAGCCGAUCUGUGAGGAUGAUCCGAACUCCCAGAAUAAGCUGGAGGAUGCUGUGAAGUCUCCUCCACCCAAAGAGGACGAGUCUCUGAACAUCCAGAACUCACUCACCCCAAAACAUGAGAACCACAAGGUUCUGGGUGAGGAGAAUUCCUCGGAGGUAAACUCGCUGCAGAACAACAUGAUGUAGAGGAGAAAUCAAAUGACAAACCACACAGAUUCACCUCCACCUUCACCACCACAAAGUCUAUAAGCCCGCCCCUUCAUGCUUACACCCAAUGAGAGUCCACUUAUAGGUCCCCAUUUUCUCAGUCUGUUUGCCCAUUUUUGCCUCACAAUUCACACACACACACACACACACACACACACACACACACACACACAGACUUUUAUUAUACUCACACACAAAAUAUGAUUCAAUUGACUGAUUCAAUUCUUUUGAAGAACCUAUUUGAAUGAAUCAAACUUUUGAUUUACUUGAUUCAUGACUCACAGGAGCUGCAGUAACCAUCAUUUAUGACAAGAAAAAAACUACCCAUGAUUCACUGCCUUUGAUUUGUAAAUGAGAAAUUAUAAGGAGAUGAAUUGUAAAAGAAAAAAAAAAUACUGUACUUUUUUAAUCAUCUAGGACAUGCUGCUCCUGCUCUCUGGUGCUUACAAACUGAUUCAUUUGAUUCAGUUAAAAGAGUCGUUCAACAAGAAUGAAUCAUUCACAAAUUGAUCAGGAGAAUCAUAAAUCGAUUCAAUUGAUUCACUUUAAGAGCGGUUCAAAAAGUUUGAAUCCUAAUACGCAAAUUACAAACACACACACACACACACACACACACACCUUGAUUUCUGGCAUGCGUCGUUGUAUUUUGUAUAAAAGAAUAAAAUAAGAUUAACCCGUGUAUGAGAUUUAAAGUGUAAAGUGUUGUGCUAGAGUGUUCACUCAGAGACGACUCGGUGUUCAGUGUCUGACUAAUUCAGUGUGUGUUUAAAUAUCAGAUCUAUAUCAGAUCAGCUCGGAUUGAUGUAAAGAUCAAAGCGCAGUGUGUCUCUGUUUCUUUUGAUGUGAUUUCUAAUCCUUUGAUGUACUUGUUUUUAUUUUGUACUUUUUUUGGGAACAGAAAACACACUUGUUGAAAUAAAAUCUUUUUAACAUGAA